AUGUACAGAAUAGAUGUUUCAGAUUUUUAUGACUUCCAAGCAUUCAGAAAUAUGUGUCCAUUUCGAGACUAUAACAAAGCAGUCGAGAAUUUGAAACGUUUAGUCAUUUAUGUUGACUCUGCCCCAGAAUGUUAUGUCAUGAAAGAAUGGGAUGUUGUCUUUAACAAACCAAGAGCAACAAUAGUUUCAGAACAAGAAUGUAGACAGAAACUUAAGAAAAUAAAAGUCGUACAAGUUGGUAUGAAGAUGUUAGAUGCUUGGGAUAUCUUAUUGUCAAAGUUAGAAGAUUUUUCAGUUCGUGGUAUAAAGUUCUAUACACCAUCUCCAAACUUCUAUUCUAUCUUCACUGGAUAUAAAUACGAACAAGUAGAAUGGAAAGAAAAUGUUAUAGAAGCUUGGUUAGACCAUGUCAAAGAAAUUAUAUGCAAUGGAAACGAAAGAGUCUAUGAGUAUAUCUUAUGUUGGUUUGCAAACAUCUUACAACAUCCAAGUGCUAAAAAUGAAACUGCUCUCAUUAUAA